AUAAGUUUCGUGUAAAGAUGAAGAAGUCUUCGUUGUUCUUCGUAUUGUUAUGUUUGUUUCAAAUAAGCAAAUUAGGUUUCUGCUUAGCAGGAAGUGUUCAUACGGCUAACAACAAUGAAAAUAAACGUCAUAGAUUCAUAAGUGUAACUGAUUUCGGAGCUGUCUGCGAUGGGAAGACCGAUGAUACUCAGGCCUUUCUUAAGGCAUGGGAAGCUGUAUGUAACGGAGUAAGUGAUAAAAGCUUUUUAGUGCCUCUGGGAAAAACGUGCAUGCUUAAGCCUCUUAAGUUCGCAGGUCCUUGCAAGUCUUCCUCUAUCACCUUUGUGAUAAGAGGCAAUCUUGUUGCGCCGGGUUACACCUGGGACGUGGGAAAUUUCCCUGAAUGGAUUAGUUUUGAUAGUAUCAACGGUCUAGUUGUCAAAGGAGGAGGUGUCAAAGGAGGAGGCACCCUCGACAGUCGUGGUUCUGUGUGGUGGGGAUCCGGACAUGCUCAGGAUAAGGAUCGUCCCACCGCAAUGCAUUUCAACAACUGUAAUGGUCUGAGGAUGUAUAAUCUCCAACACUUGAACAGUCCUCGGAACCACAUAGGUCUAACCGGCUCAAAGAACAUCAGCAUCUCGGGACUUAAUUUGACUGCACCUGGUGAUAGUCCCAAUACGGAUGGUAUAGACAUAUCAAAGUGUAUAGGAGUCGACAUACGUGACUCAGUGAUAUCCACUGGAGAUGAUUGCAUUGCUAUUAAUUCCGGUUCCUCUUAUAUCAACAUAACCGGCCUUUUUUGCGGUCCCGGUCAUGGCAUCAGCGUGGGAAGCCUUGGAAGAAAUGGAGAGUUUGCAACCGUUGAAGAAGUGAGAGUAAAGAACUGCACUUUGUCAAACACAAUGAACGGUGUCCGAAUCAAGACAUACCAGAACGGAUUAGGAUAUGCACGGAAAAUCUCAUUUGAGGAUAUAAGGAUGGUGGAUUCACGGAACCCUAUUAUCAUCGAGCAGAAUUACCUGAACCGGGGCAAAAUCGAAGAAGUAAGCUUUGAGAAUAGUAGCUAUCAAAACCGUGGUGGUAAAAAUUGUUUUUACAAGACUGAGUCUGGUAAUGGAAGAGGCGUGAAAGUGAGCGAUGUUCGUUACAGUAGAAUCUACGGCUCAUCUGCGAGUGAUGAAGCCGUCACGUUUAACUGCAAUGCGGACAUGGGAUGUGAAGAUAUUGUGAUGGACCAUGUGAAUAUUGUUUCAGCGAAAGCAGGUCAGGGGGUGUCGGCUUCUUGCACGAAUGUUCGUGGGAGUUAUUUUUAUUCACCUAUUAACUGUAUUAAAAAGCAUUAGGGGGUGAUGUUAUUGCAUUCCUACUUAGAAGAACUAAAGAACGUGUUAAAAUUAUCUUAAGGUUGAUUUAAUAAAAAGAUCAAAUUAGUCACUGCCAAUUCUGAGAUUAUGGAGAAG